AGUGGAGAUGUACGUCAUUGGAGUUGGUGGGAGGGAGGCCUAUCAAUAUUAUAUAUCUUUGAAAUUAAUAAGGAUCUCCAACUUGUGAAUUAAAUAAUGGAUAAUGUGAGACUGCAAAUUUCAGUCAUGAGUGAAUAAUCGUCCAUCUGAAGGAGAUACUUCAUCAACGACAGAGCCCUCGAAGACCACUUCACUACCAAAGUCCACAAACGUCGUAUGAAAGCCCUCGAGGACGAGCCCUACACAAUAGAAGAGUCCGAACGUGCUGCAGGGCACGGCACCUGGAUCGCCUCGAAAAAACGGAAGAUAGAAACUCUCCCGCGUGACGCCUUCACUCAAAUGGACGUUGAGCCCCCAGGAAAAAUCCCGAAAACAACACCAUCAGACUAACUCAAAUAUGUUCCAAAAAUUCACCCUGAGAAAUUCCAAACUCCUCGUCUCCAGUCCCCUCCACUUCAGCAAAUACUUUCAAAAUAGAAAGUACACAUCGGCCCUUUACAUCCCUGGUAGCAAGGCUUUCGAGACAUACUCAUACCUGACGCCCUACCUCGACUACACCAAAACAUUCAGCCAAGUUGAUAAACUCCAACGAAACUUGCACCUCCGAGGAGUCAAUGUCAACGCUGAAGAGAUCAAAUCCACUUGGGAUUUUUACCAGAAGAUCUAUGCCGACAGAAAGGCCAUAGAGAACAGGCGAUUCUCACUUGUCCACAGGAUAAAACAAUUAUCAAAACUCAAAGAUCCAGGCUCUGAAGCUGAGAGGGAAUUGAAUGGCCUGAUGACACAAGGAAAAGUUCUCAAGCAGGAAUUACGAUUAGUCAAGGAAAUUCUCUGGGAUUUAGAGGAGACUGUUGUCCCUCGAGUAUUGCAAUUGCCCAAUGAACUUCACGAGAGAACCCCAGAGUCAUCGGAGCUGAUUUUAAAAACAGUGGGUUCUAAAAAAAUUCAAACGCCUGUCAACGUCCCACCCAAAAAUCACCUGCAAAUCGGGGAAUCCCUGGGAUUACUCGAAUAUCUCAAUCAGUUUCAUUUCUACCUGUGCGAUGAGGCGGCCCUAUUUGAGGUGGCUGUGCAGUCCUACGUAAGUAAGAUGCUGAGUACGGAAGGAGUACUCAGAGUUGCUGGAACCGAUUUUGCCAGGAGUUUGCUGGUAGAGGCUGCGGGAAUGGAUCAUGAGGAUCCAUUUUCCACCUUUAUUCUAAAAAAUAAUCAAGGGAUUGAGGAGAAAACGAUCAAUAGGCUUCACCUGAUCGGUGGAGCGAGUUUGAUAUCAUUUCUCGCGAUGCACACCAGGCAGUUGGUGAACCCGAAGGCCUUUCCACUCAGGUAUUUUGCCACUGGGCGUAGCUAUACCCCUUCAGUGGUGAAGCCAAUGGACCUGGGGCUCUUUGGUGUCUCCCAGACAGUCGCCGUUCACUGUAUGACCAUGGUGCGGGAAGCUGGGAGUCAGGAGUACGAGGAGGAGUUUCAAAAGCUUGUUGACUCUGUCUCAAAGAUUUAUGACGGCUUGGGAGUACAUUACCGAGUUGUUUUGCGGUCUGCAGGGCAGUUGGAAAUAGCAGAGUGUUUAAGAGUGGCAUUUGAACUUUGGUCCAGUUACUACAGUGAUUACGUAGAGGUUGGGCAUGUUUCUAUGUAUGGGGAUUAUUUAUCGAAACGAUUGCUGAUUGCCUAUCAAACACCCACAGGCAGAGGUUAUCCUGCUGUCAUCUCAGGGACGAUUUUAAAUGUUAACAAGGUUUUGGCUUGCCUGUUAGAGGAGAAUGCAGAGAGGUUCGAGGUGCCCGAAGGGGUCAAGGAGUUUAUGCCCGUUGGAAAUGUUUAAUAUUCACGUUGUCUCUAAUGAAUUGUAAAUACGACUGAUGAUGAAGAAUAUUGUUUACAUUUUUCUAAACUAGAGGUAACUAGGUAAAAUGUUGAAGAGGUUUUUUUUUUCUGCAAAAUAAACCAUUUCCAAA